UUCGGGCGGCAAUAGCUUUCACUGCUUCAAUUAGUAGAAUUAAAAUGUUUACCCAUAGGCUGCCGCAUGUGUGGCUCUCUGAAUUUUUCAUUUGUUGCGGGUUUGCGGCAUUUCUUCAUCAGCUGCGGAUUUUUCCAGUUUAUUUUGUCAGCAUAAGAGGCUUGGUGGUGACGUGAGCGGGCUUUAAGGGAUCAUUAGUUUAUCGUUGAGGUGAGGAGUUGCUUUUGCCAGUAAACUGUAUCAUUUGUUUGGAAUGUUGAAACCCAUUGGAUUGCAACUAAUCAGGUGUAACCGAAUUGAUUUUCCACACCACAGUUCACCACAGUUUCGCAUAUAUCACGAGGAAUAGUAAAUAAAAGCGAUAUCAUGCAGUGCAGAGUGUUUAGUUUGUUUGUCCUGUGUUUAUUAAAUUAUACUCGAGCUAAGAUACAUCGGCCCAACGUUUGUACGCACGGCGAUGUGAUGGUAAAAUGUGUACCAGUUUGUCCCAAGAUCUGCUCGGACUUUUUGUAUAGGCAAAGAUGCAUACCCAAGAAAUGCGAGCGAGGUUGCGCCUGUCCAAAGGAUUGGUUGCGACUAAAAAAUAACCAAGGAAGAUGUAUAAUGCGCAAGCACUGUCAACGAUAUAUAAUUGAGUAAAAGAUUUCAAAAAACUGAA